GCCGCGCGAGCCGUCAGAGCGCUCGGCGUGUGGGCGCGGGACCAGGCGGCGGCCCGGAGCCCGGCAUGGACAGCCGCUACAGCAGCGCCGCGGGCCUGGCCGACCUGAGCCCGCUCAGCGCCGCGCUGCCGGCCACGCGCGUCGAGGUGUCGGUGUCCUGCAGGAGUCUUCUCGACAGAGACACAUUUUCCAAAUCAGAUCCAAUUUGUGUCUUAUAUGUACAAGGAGUUGGAAAUAAAGAAUGGAGAGAGUUUGGAAGAACUGAAGUGAUUGAUAACACUUUAAAUCCUGAUUUUGUGAGGAAAUUUAUUCUGGACUAUUUCUUUGAAGAGAGAGAGAAUCUGCGUUUUGACCUGUAUGAUGUGGAUUCCAAGAGCCCCAACUUAUCCAAACAUGACUUUCUGGGACAAGUGUUUUGUACAUUGGGGGAGAUUGUUGGUUCACAGGGAAGCCGCCUGGAAAAACCAAUAGUUGGAAUUCCAGGGAAGAAAUGUGGAACAAUCAUUCUCACAGCUGAGGAGUUGAACUGCUGCAGGGAUGCUGUGCUGAUGCAAUUCUGUGCCAACAAAUUGGACAAGAAGGACUUCUUUGGGAAAUCGGAUCCGUUCCUUGUUUUUUACCGAAGUAAUGAAGAUGGCAGUUUUACAAUUUGUCAUAAAACAGAAGUGGUGAAGAACACGCUGAACCCCGUGUGGCAGGCCUUCAAGAUCUCCGUCAGAGCGCUGUGCAACGGCGACUAUGACAGAACAAUCAAGGUGGAGGUGUAUGACUGGGAUCGAGAUGGGAGUCAUGAUUUCAUUGGAGAAUUUACAACAAGCUACCGAGAACUUUCUAGAGGGCAGUCUCAGUUCAAUGUGUAUGAGGUGGUGAAUCCUAAAAAGAAAGGGAAAAAGAAAAAGUACACGAACUCUGGAACAGUAACCUUACUUUCCUUCUUGGUAGAAACUGAAGUUUCUUUCCUUGACUACAUUAAGGGAGGAACACAGAUUAACUUCACAGUGGCUAUUGACUUCACGGCCUCAAAUGGCAACCCUGCCCAGCCCACCUCUCUCCACUACAUGAACCCUUACCAGCUCAACGCCUACGGGAUGGCCCUGAAGGCGGUGGGAGAAAUCGUUCAAGAUUACGACAGCGACAAGAUGUUCCCAGCUCUGGGAUUUGGUGCCAAGCUGCCUCCCGAUGGAAGGAUCUCUCAUGAAUUUGCGUUGAAUGGGAACCCUCAGAACCCGUACUGCGAUGGCAUCGAGGGCGUCAUGGAAGCCUAUUACAGGAGCCUGAAGUCUGUCCAGCUCUACGGACCGACCAACUUCGCGCCUGUCAUCAAUCACGUGGCGAGGUACGCUUCUUCCGUCAAGGACGGCUCCCAGUACUUUGUGCUCCUGAUCGUGACAGACGGUGUUAUUUCCGACAUGGCUCAAACCAAGGAGUCCAUCGUGAACGCCUCGAAGCUGCCCAUGUCCAUAAUCAUAGUGGGUGUCGGACCGGCAGAAUUUGAUGCCAUGGUCGAACUGGAUGGAGAUGAUGUCAGAGUCUCUUCCAGAGGAAAAUAUGCUGAAAGGGACAUUGUACAGUUCGUGCCGUUCAGGGAUUACAUGGACCGAAGUGGAAACCACAUCCUGAGCAUGGCCAGGCUGGCCAAGGACGUCCUGGCCGAGAUCCCCGAGCAGUUCCUGUCCUACAUGAGGGCCCGAGGGAUCAAGCCAUCCCCUGCGCCGCCGCCCUACAGCCCGCCCACCCACGUGCUGCAGACGCAGAUCUGACUGCUCCCAGGCCCGGCUGCCGCCCGUCCCCUCGGUGAGGACUGCCAAGGUCACGCUCCGCUCCUGGUGCUCUGUCACGACCCAGGGAACGGGAGACACGCUCCUCCGUCUGCUCCAGCAGUGCUAGUUCACGUCCUUUCUUGGAUCCAAACUUCAUUCUCUUCCUAAACCAAAACUGUAAAUAGGGUUGUUGCAUGUGCAACAGAAAUCUUACUCAAAUGCUUGAAGCAGUGUACGGAUGUCUUUUCUGAAUCUUUACUUUCGUUUUUGCCAGAAACAGCUCAUUUCCAAUGGAUGUUGGGAAAAAGCACAACUGUUUUUAACUCCAACAUUGUCCUCGACUGCUCCGACUGCUCCGUGUCGAGGGAAGCGGUCCCUGUAUCGAUGUUUACAUGUUACUACUUUUUAAAUUUCAACACUUUUGUAACUGUUCUUAAUAAGCAUUUUGAAUUUCAAAUACUUUGUCUUCAAAAUUGCAAUAGCUAUCCACCAUCCCAAGAGCAAUAUCUCCUCGAGCGACUGUCGGGGCAGCGGGGGAGGGGAUGCUGCCCCCGGCACCCUGACCUGUCCACAGGCUGCAGCUGCGCAGUGCCCACUCCUCCACCGCGCCUGCGCAGGACGGAGGCGGAAGCAUGGCACAUGUGUAGUCUGGAAGAACGUGCAUUUUUCAUGGGGUUUGGGUUCUAAAUUUAGACUGCCGUCAGUAAAUGUAACGAAGUAGGAACUGGGAGUGCACAGAAUCUGCUCUGUACUAAAAGUAGCAACCUUAUAUUCUAACGCUAUUUAGGAAAAACUCAAAUGAAGAAUAUUUAACUGUGAACCAUGUAGCAGAUGUUUUACACUUUUUAUUCCAUUAUAUCUUGUCUAGAUAUUUUAAUUCAAAGGGAUACUGGCUCUUUGAUUGGGAUUACCUGUUGUCACCAUUCCACGUUGCCAUGUGGGUGCACAGACUGGAAGUCUUCUGUGAACUCCCCAGUUAAUUACUAACACCCUGUGACUUAGUGCACAACACGCUUGCCAAGUACUCUGCUCCUCUCUACUACCUGCCUGUCCACAGUAAUCGUAAGAGUUUUUGCAUGUACAGUUUUUACAACAAUUACAGUUUUGUGAAAUUGUGUCUAAAUUAAAGUAUUUCUCUAGAACAAAUGGCCUUAAACUCUCACAGAUUCCCGGAAAUGAUUGUCAACUGCCUUCAAAUAACAAAAGUGUAUUUAUUUAUUUUUCUUUUGUGUCAACAAUGUAAAAGCUUUAUAUUUCUUCCUUACCUCCACCUUGUUUACUACUCGAUUUAUUUCUACUGUACGUUGUUCUCUCCCGAGUUGACCUAGGGUGACUUUUUUUAAGCAUGAACUAUUUUACUGAAAGAGAAGUGUUUAAUCCACAUAUCUAAUGGUAUCACUGUAACAUACUGUGUAAUACCGAGUUGUCCAUUUUUCAGUAUUAUUAAAAUCUUGCAAAGGACCCUCUGCAUCCUGCCUGCUUCCAUGACAUGCGGCCGACGACUCCGUGGCUGCCCUGCAAUGCUCCUGCCAGCCUAGUUACUACCUAGCUUUUAGUUACUUUUACUUACUAGUUGAACAAUCAACAUUAAACAAGACUUAAUACUCCUUCCUUCUUAUCCAAUCAGUUAU